GGGGGUGUGUUCUAAAACCAGUUACGCAUGUGAAACAUGUUGUAACUGGAUCACUUGUCUCUCUCCUUCUCCAAUCCGAUCGAACCUCAUUUUUCUCAGUCUCACCGGUAAAAAUGGCCAUGUGGGUAUUCGGGUACGGAUCUCUUAUCUGGAAAACGGGUUUCCCUUUCGACGAAAGCCUCCCUGGUUUCAUCAAAGGCUAUCGCCGUGUCUUUCACCAAGGUAGUACUGAUCAUAGAGGAACUCCGGAUUUCCCGGGAAGAACAGUGACAUUAGAAGCUGCUGAUGGAGAAAUCUGUUGGGGAGUUGCUUAUAAGAUAACCAAAGAUGAAGAUAAAAGAGAUGCUUUAACACAUUUGGAAGUGAGGGAGAAGCAGUAUGAUCAGAAAGAGUAUCUUGAUUUCUUCACUGACUCAAAUUCAGAUCCGGCUGUAACAGGAGUAAUGGUAUACAUAGCUUCCCCUGACAAGAAGAGCAACAACAACUACUUAGGACCAGCUCCUCUUGAAGAUAUUGCCAAACAGAUAGUUAAAGCUGAAGGGCCUUCAGGGCCAAACAGAGACUAUCUCUUCAACCUCGAAAAGGCUCUCUCUCAACUCGGGUUUAAAGAUAAACAUGUCACAGAUCUUGCAAACCAAGUCAGGAGCAUUCUUUCAGAGACCCAGGAGUUGUCAGUUGAUGCUACCGCCAACAAUAUCUAGAUUCCCCCAGUUUCUUUUUGAUUGAUCCGAAAAGAACAAACCCAAUUGAUACGAGAUGCAUUUAGCAUCGUAAUUCAAUGUGUUAUCACUAUCAUUCAACUCUCUUCUUUUUCAUAUUUGAUUACAUCGUGGAAUGGGUAUAAAGAUCAUUCAGUGAUCCGGUAUACGAUUCCCACUUAGUUAUCACUGUCACUAAAAGUUUGACAUAUUACCUGCUUAA